UGCAACUUCACCAAUCCGCGACCCAGCAGGGAAGGAGCCCAGCAACAACAAACCAGUGGCCCACCUCCCAGGUUCACACACAAUUUUCAUCCCAUAAAAUCAAAACAGCAAAACACAGCAACAUGACUGCGCAACUCAUCCUCAACGACUCUUCCUCCUCUACUGUGAGGCUCUCUGCCGACACUACUACUGUUAGCAAGGGCUGCAUGAGUAGUAGUACUAGUAACAGCCGUCCCCGCCGCCGCCGUCGCGUUGGCUUUAGCACUCUUGACAUUUACGAAUUCGAACAAGUCUUGGGCGAUCAUCCCGGUGUUUCCAGCGGCGCUCCACUCGCUCUAGCUCCGUCUCACUGCCGCCACCAUGCCAACAUUGACAUUGCCUUCUUUGAAUACCGCCGCAAGCCUCGCAAGACCAACAAGCGAGAACUAAUUGAAAGCAAAGAAACACGCGAAGAAUACUUGCAGCGCAUCGGAUUCACACAAGAACAAAUUCAACAAGCGGCCAACGAAGCCGCACGCAUUCGCCGCAAGCGUUGCAAAGCACAACCCGUUCCCGAUUCACUUCACAUUGUCUGGGAAUCCAUUACCAAAAACACGUCGUUCCACCGAAACAAUGGAGAAUCCGCCUCUAAACUAUUGCAACGCCAUCAAGAAGCUUGCCGCGCUGCAUAAGCAACAGAAUAGAAUAGAAAAAUGUACAUACUACUCUAAUGAACAUACAGUUUUGAAACU